UAAAUGUCGAACCGAAUCUGACCCAGAGUACAAGGGUACUCAUGUUCUACGAUGAGCAACCAGAACAAAAUAAUGAAAUUCAGAAGGCAGGAAAGUCAGAUAAGUGGAAGAAAGCACUGUUUGCCUUCUGUUUCCUUACAAUAACAACCCAGUACUUCUUUUUCACCAUGCCUCUAGCGUUUUUGGUCAAUGAACUUAUUGAGGUUUGGAAACACAACAAGAUAACGUCCGGGAGCAUUGUUGGCGCAUUCUCCUUCUCCCUAGCCGGUGCUGCAUUGCUCUCCAAUAGAUUCACCAGAUGUAUCCAGCCUAGGCAGACCUUACUUCUCACAGUUAUUGUGUUAACACUAUCUGCUCCCAUAUUUUUCGUCAAGUUUGACAAAACAGCCUUUGUCAUUGUUCUGUUCAUCACAAGAAUGAUACAGGGUUUUGUCAUUGGGUUAUGUGAGCCUCAGCUUAUGUCAGUUAUGACAUCAUUGUAUCCAGAGAGGCUAGGAUUCGUGACCGGAUCUUUUGAGCUUGCAGCUAGCAUAUCAUCUACAGUGGGCCCUCUUUUGGGUGGCUUUAUCUAUCAAAAUCAUGGUUUUGCAGUCGCCUCCACAAUUCCAUGUGUAUUCAACCUAUUUGCUAGCAUUGGAGGACUGAUACUCUUGAGUCCUAGUGUGAUGUAUGAUCAACCAGACUCCGAUUCAGAAGACAGUCAACCUACCAGAACAGAUCAAGAACGAACAACAAUUGCAUCACUGUUCAUCCUGCCAGUUGUUCUUCUAGGGAUGUUCUCAGAGACUCUAGUAUCCAUGAUUGUGAACACAAUAGAGUCCUUCUACCCUAACUUUUACAGCGUGAUUUUUAACAAACAAGAAGGUUAUGUUGGUGCUGUUCUUGCCAUAGCAGGACUAAUGUAUUGCAUAGCAACUGUAACAGCAGGAAUGUUAGUAGACAAAGAAGUUCCGAGGAAGACAAUGAUAUUCAGUGGCAUGGCUAUGAUGAUAUGUGGCUGUUUAGCGAUUGACCAGGAGUUUAUAAAAAGCAGUGCAGUUUGGGCAGCAAUUAUGCUAUCAGUUAUUGACUUCGGCAGUGGCUUGACUCAGAUCAGUAUUCUACCUUGCUUGAUAGUUCAGUAUCAGUACAUUACGCAUGUUUCAAGGGAAACUAGUUCCUGUCAAAUGAGUGGACUCUUUCGAGCGGCUUACUUCACAGGGGCAUUCUUUGGGCCCGUUAUUGGAGGAUUUAUGUUGGAAUUCAUGAGCUACCAAAAUGCCUACAUUGUUCUCGCUGGUGUACUUCUAGCAAAUUUAGCAAUUUUGGCUGCAGUUGAAUUAAUAUUCCCACAUACAAUAGAAAUUCCAUCAGACAGACAGGGAUCUUAUGAAAAUUUAGAUUCAGUCAAUUCAGAUUAGCUAAGGGAACGUUCUCAUGUUUUGUAUUUUUGUUUGUGCCAUUUUCAGACCCCCUCCAUAACUACACACAGGCAUAGCUACAGUGUGGAAAAGACACUAGCAUUUCUAAAUCCCACAACUCUACCUCCCACUGGUCCAUAUGCAGCUAAAAAACAUGUGAACAAUCCCUUACCCAUUAAUUUAUUUGCUGACAUGUGUUAUGUUACAAUGUUUUAAAUUGAUUCUACAAUUUUCUGUUAAUUCACCCGUCUAAAUUUAAAGGUUGUCAGAAAUGAGGCAUAAUGCAAUGUUAAGAGAUUGAAUGUAAAGAGAUUGAACCCUGAAACCAAAUCGUAAGUGAUUCUGAGUAGACAACCACUUCAAUAUUUUAAGGUUGCACUGCUGUGAUCAUCCAUGCUGGACGCAGUGCAGUGGCAUAACGUUGCCUGUAGGAGUAGAGCAAAGUGAAGUAAAGUAAAAAGUAUGACACCACAUUAUCACGCAUCUGUAGCUGUGCAAAGGAUCAUCACACUAUAUGAAAAAAUAUAUUAAUACUUUUCAGUGGAACGGAAAUGUAUAAAUUAGAGAAUCCAUUAAGAACGAUGCUGCAUGUAGUCAGCUACUGCAGGA